UCACGAGUUUAAUUUUUAAAUUAAGAUGAAAUAAAAUAACAAAGUAUUUAAUUAGAGUAAUAAAUUAUAUUAUAUUGUAUAGAGCGUAUGUAAACCUGAUGUAAUUAUAUCCAAAAAUAAAGUUUUAAAAAUUCAUAGUUUUAGAAUAGAAAAAAGGACUAAAAUUGGUUGAUUAUUGGUUGAAUAAAAUAAUAUCUUACCUAGUACCUACAAUAUGCUGUCGGAUUUCGCGAAAGAAAAAGUAUUCUGGACUAGAAAGAUGAAUUUAAAUUUAGUGAAAUUUAUUCAAAGUAGGCCAAAUAUAUGGAAUCCAAAACAUCCUAAGUACACCUCAAGUGAAUCAAAAGAUCAGACUUAUGCAGAAUUUGCUGCCAAGUAUGGGGAUGAAUUUUCUGGUCAAGCAGUGAAAGAACGAUGGACUAACAUAAGAUCCACUUUCGCUAAUUAUUUACGAAAAGUUAAAGCCAGUUCAGACUCACAGAGCGAACCAUAUAAAGUAAAUUGGCAUUUGUGGGAACCGUGCCAAUUUUUGGUAAAAGUAAAUAGAAGCUAUAGAAAUGACACAGGGCUUGAUGAAGAAAAAAUAACAAAAAAUACAUCAGACUCUGAAGAGCAAAACCAAGAUUGGGCCAGUGACCAUUCACAGGACAGUUUUACAAAUCCGACCAAACUUACUUGUAUGGGUAUAGCGGAAAAUCUUUUAUCAGUAUUUAAAGGUGUUCAAAAUGAUGCUUUUGGCUUAGAGAACAGUAAAAACAGUAAAAUAGGCAAAGCAGUGGUGGAAAAAUUAAAUCAAAUGGACUCUUUAGAAGCGGCUAAGGUGUCAAUGAAAAUUUUGGAAAUACUUUGGAUGUACGAUGAGAAUAAUCCGAUAAAUCCGAAUAAUUUAAAGCCGGAGCUGUUUUAAGUUAGUUAAUGUAAG